AAAAAAAAAAAAAACCUGCUUCCUGAAAUGCUCCUCGUCGCGGACUGCGUCUGUUUACUCCACCCGCGCGGGUCCUUUUCUUUCAUCCUCCUUUUUGUUUUUGUUUGGUUGAGUCGAUGCCGACGAUGAUUAGUAAAGUGAAGAGCGCCAUGAACACGCUGGUGGGAGGGAUGAUGCCCCACGGCCACCAUCACCACCACCACCACCAUCACGGAGGAAGCUCGCAGCCCGGAGGAGCCGACGGCCUUCCGCCGCGCUUCCCCUACGGCCGCCCGGACUUCCUGGAGCUCACGCCGGAGCUCCUGCAGUAUUCCACCGAACACGCGUCGCGGCCGGUGCUGACGCUGAAGAGAGGCAGCAGACUGCCUUGGCAAACGGGAUACGCUGAGGUGAUCAACGCGGGGAAGAGCAUGCUGAACGAGGAUCAGGCCUCCUGCGAGAAGCUGUUUGUCAGGAAGCCGAGCGGCAAACACCGCAACUCUACUCUGCUGGAGGACAACGGGGACGGCACUGGAUUACCACUAUUCUUCUGGGGGGUCUUUGAUGGUCACGCCGGCUCCGGUGCGGCCAUCAUGGCCUCCAAGCUCCUUCACCGCCUCAUCAGGGACCGUCUGGGUGAAGUGUACCACUUGCUGACGAACAACGGCAGCCCGCCUCCAAUCUGCUUGGCCAAGAACGGCAGCCCCUACCAGGCGGAGGGCAAGAAGGCGACGGCGCAGGUGGCGGAGGAGCCCGACGCCGUCAGCGACUCCGCCGUGCGCUUUCACAUGGAGAAGAUGGUCAGCCUGGAGAGCCUGGUGAUGGGCGUCAUCGAGACCACCUUCAAGGAGAUGGAUGAGCUGAUAGAAAAUGAAAAAGCGUCUUAUGCCAUCUCCGGUGGCUGCUGUGCCUUAGCUGCCAUCCAUCUGAUGGGCAAACUCUAUGUGGCCAACGCCGGAGACAGCAGGGCUAUAAUAAUCCGGAACAAUGAAGUUAUUCCCAUGACGAACGAGUUUACACCGGAGUCAGAGCGACAACGGCUACAGUAUCUGGGCUUCCUGAGGCCAGAGCUUCUGGGCAACGAGUUCACUCACAUUGAGUUCCCCCGCAGAAUCCAGCACAGCGAGCUCGGCAAGAAGAUGCUCUACCGAGACCACACCAUGACUGGAUGGGCUUACAAGACAAUCGUGGAAGACGAUCUGAAAUUCCCCCUCAUAUACGGAGAAGGUAAAAAGGCACGAGUCAUGGCGACAAUCGGAGUGACUCGCGGGCUGGGAGAUCACGACCUGAAGGUGUACAACUCCAACAUUUACAUCAAGCCUUUCCUCUCCUGUGUUCCUGAGGUGCAGGUUUACGACUUCGAGGACACCAAACACGGCCCAGACGACGUCCUGGUCAUGGGUACAGACGGACUGUGGGACGUGACGACGGACAAGGAAGUGGCGGACGCCGUGUCGGCCUACUUGUCGUGCUGUGAGCCCACUGACCCCAUGAGGUACACACUGGCGGCGCAGGACUUGCUGAUGCGGUCCAGAGGAGUCCUAAAAGAGCGCGGCUGGCGUCUUCCCAACGAGAGACUGGGAUCAGGCGACGACAUCACCGUGUUCGUCAUCCCCCUGGCGGGACACGAGGCGGAGACAUGACGGAGAGACGCGGCUCGCUCGGACUUACUGGAGCACACAGGCUGGCGGGAAGAAGACGGCAUCUUCAUCAACCUCCAGACUCGGACCCAAACCCCCUCACCUAGACCUCAAACCCGGCACCCCCGACCCCAGGACAGGGUUGUCAAGUCAGUCAGCCCGUUUCCCUGGCGACGGUUGCUGGUGAGAUUGCGUAGUACUUCCUGUUGAUGUUGAAGGCUGGGCAGCUAGGACCAUGGACUGUGCAUCCUCAUGCCUGAAACUCCCCUUUGUAGCCUCUCUGUAGCACUCGCGCCUAGUGGGGAAGAAUGUGAGGAAACCAAAGACAUGUCGUCAUGGCAACAGGAUGGAACGAACACAUGAUAAAAAGAACGGAGUUGACAUGUUAGUUCAAUGGACCUUUUUUGCACGCCACAUAAUCAUCCGUCUGCCGGGGUGUAACGUUACGCCAUAAUCGCAAUUUGGUACGUACUAUCGUCCCUCGCCACGUCUCGCUUCAAGUAUUGCCGCUUCACCACAUCACAGAUUUUUUUCCAUUUUUUUUAAGCAUAAUCUUCAAUAGUUUUGCCCUAAAUCAGGGGUGUCAACUUAUUGUCAUUGAGGGCCACAUUACAGUUAUCAGCAAAUACAUUUUUAAAUUUUAUUUUUAUUUUUACGCACACUCUUAAAAAAAAAACUGUCGAUUUUACAGUAAUUAACUGGCAACUCCGUUACUGUAAAAUAUACAGUGUUCUUUUUCUCAACAUAUUACUGUAAAUGGAAAAACAGUACCUUUGGGGGUUUUUUUUCAGUAAAAACAGGCAGCUUAGUCGGCAGAAUUUUACUGUAACAUUUACGCUGUUUUUUAACGACCUUUUACUGUAAAUGGAAAAAAAUAGUAACCACUUAUUUUUUUCUAUUCUUGCAACAGAGCUGCCAUUUUUUUCCGUGAAAAAAACUGUGGUACGGUUACAUAAUAAUACACCUUAAAAACAGUAACCUUAAAAAAAAAAACGUAAAAAAAACUGGCAGCUCAGUCGCCAGAAUUUUAUCAUGAAAAAACAGUGGUAUUUUCUUAAAUUUACAGUAAUAUGCUGUAAAAAACGCCGUCAAUUUUACCAUGAAAAAACAGUGGUAUUUUUUUCAAUUUACAGUAAUAUGCUGUGAAUUUUUUUUUU